AGGCGAGCCCCUUCCGUGUGGACGUGUACGCCCCCUUGGGCGGUGCCCGGCUCACGCUGAAGCCGAAGGAUGAGCGGUACUCGGUGGUGCUGGGAACGGGAAGCAAUGGCACGGAAAUGUCGAUGGAUUUGCUCGUGCGGGAGGUCGAAAAGGGCAAGGACGCAGAGGACGGCCCGUCCACAAGCGAGGCGAAGCAGAGGGUGAAGCAGAAGGCUGUAAGUGAUACGCACUCUUAUAUGGAGGAGCACGGCCUCGUGCCUUUCGUGCAGAAUUUGAUGGCCAGCGUGCUCGCGGAAAAGCCGGCCGACCCGUUCGCGUAUAUGGAGCACCAGCUCCGUGGCAGACAGAGCGUCGUCACUCCCACGGCCCCGCUGGCGGCUCCUCCAACUUCAGUCAAGGAUUCGAGGCAGAAAACCAAAGCCAAAGUCAAAGUCAUGCAGGAGAUCAUGGUGCCUUGCGCGAGGAACUUCAAGGAGCCCGCGUUCGUGACCAUGGACUUCGAGGGGAGGGAGGUGAUGAAGAGGCCUCUGGUCACGGCCGACCUGAUGAAGGAUGGCACUCAAGCCAGGCGCCUUGUCCUGCAUAACCUCCGCGAGAACUUCCCCUUCAGGAAUGUCCAGACGCCGUUGGCCGAGAUUUUGUCGAACUUCGAGCGGGACGAUUGUUUUUCCACGCCGGCAAUCAGCUACUCUGCGAGCGGCUUUUUCCAGUUCGUACGCGCGGGGCCGCGCGAGAAGCUACACUUUGACCCAGCGGGAGUGGUUGCCACCAUCGUGACCUGCGGAGGGCUAUGCCCAGGUCUGAACGCAGUGAUUCGUGAGAUCGUCAUGAUGCUGACCCAGUACGGUGCUAAGAAGAUAUGGGGCAUCAAGGGUGGCUUCAAAGGAGUGGUGUGCCCAGAGAGCUGGAUAGAGCUCACACCAGACCUGGUGCAGGACAUCCAUAACAUCGGGGGCACCAUCCUGGUCAGUGACCGUGGGAAUCCCACAGAGGACGAGCAGUCUAAAUACCUCAUCGAAAUGGGUGUGAAAGCGCAUUUCAUUAUCGGCGGCGACGGUACCCACAAGGGUGCCUACGAUAUGUACGAGGUGCUGAAGACGAAGGGCCACGAGUGUGCUGUGGUGGGAGUGCCGAAGACCAUAGACAAUGACAUCCCGAUGCUGGACCGCACAUUUGGCUUCGACACGGCCUGUACCGAGGCGGAAAAGGCCAUCGACGCAGCUUACGUGGAGGCCACAUGCAAUGCAAAUUGUCUGGGUCUGGUGAAGCUCAUGGGCCGUUCCUGUGGCUUCAUCGUGCAGAACGCAUGCCUCGCCGCCCGCCGCGUGGACCUGGUGCUUCUCCCAGAGAUGGAGAUCUCCCUGGAGAAGGUGCUCCUAUACCUGCUCGAGCUGAUGCAGACCAAGGGCUACGCCGUUGUCGUGGUCGCGGAAGGCUGCGGAGACACCCUCAUCAAGAGCUCUGGGGAGAAGGACGCCGGCGGCAACGUCAAGCUCGCAGACGUCGGCCCAUGGCUGAAGAAGAAGGUCGAGGAGCGCUUCAAGCAGGUGAAGCUGCCCCUGAGCAUCAAGUACAUCGAUCCCACCUACAUGAUCCGUGCGGUGAGCGCGAACGCCAACGACAGCGUAUACUGCGCCACGCUCGCGAACGACGCCGUGCACGCGGCGAUGGCCGGUUUCACGGGGGUCACCGUGGCCCAGAUCCACCAGCACUUCGUCCUGCUGCCCAUGCAGUGCGUCACCAAGCAGAGGCUGAAGCGUGUCGAUGUCAGGGGCAAGUGGUUCAUGGAGCUGAUGGCGACCACCAAGCAGCCAGACGUGGCGCCCGACGGCUACGUGCCGCCGGAGCCCGGGCCGGAGGAGGUCGACAAGCUGACCGACGUCAUCCAGCUCGUGGACCCCCUCUCCUGCCUCCCACCGGACUGUGAGGUGCGGAGGCUGGAGCUGGAGCACCUAGGCGCGCAGUACGGCCUCAAGGAGCACCCCUCCCCGCUCGGCGCCAAGAUCAAGACGGCCGGAGACGUGGGCUUCCACGACGCGGAGUCGUGGGUGACGCAGUCGCUGGGCCACGAGCGCGUGAGUCUGCAGAUGCUCAGGGCGGGGCCCCGCCGCACUCUGCACUUUGUGCCCGAGGAGGUGGCCGCCACCAUCGUGACCUGCGGGGGUCUGUGCCCUGGUCUCAACGACGUCAUCCGGGAGCUGGUGAUGUCACUCUACACUUACGGGGUCAAGAAGGUGUACGGGAUCAAGGGGGGCUACAAGGGCGUCGUGAAUCCGCAGUGCUGGGUGACCUUGACGCCUGAGAGCGUCCAGGACAUCCACUACCACGGGGGCUCGAUCCUCGUGAGCGACCGCGGGAACCCCCCACACAUCGAGAUGGCCAAGAUGCUGCGGAGGAAGGGUGUCCGACAGCAUUUUGUGCUUGGCGGCGACGGUACACAGAAAGGCGCCAUGCAGACAUACGAGCAGAUGCAGAAUAUUGGUUGGGAGUGUUCUGUCAUCGGAAUCCCGAAGACGAUCGACAACGACAUAAAUCUGCUUGACAGGAGCUUCGGAUUCGACACAGCGCUGUCUGAGGCAGAGAAGGCGAUCGAUGUGGCAUACGUUGAGGCUACUUGCAAUGCAAACUGCAUCGGACUAGUGAAGCUGAUGGGGCGCCACUGUGGCUACCUUACUAUGUUGUCUUCGACGGCAGCCCGGCACGUGGAUAUAUGCUUGCUGCCUGAGAUGGAUAUUAGCAUCGAUAAGGUUCUGGACUACUGUGUGACGCUGAUCAACACCCAGGGCUACGCCGUAAUGGUUGUGGCCGAGGGCUGUGGCGACACGAUGCUGCAGGGUGACGACGAGACGGACGCUGGAGGUAACAAGAAGAUCGCGGAUGUUGGCCCGUGGCUGAAAGACCAGAUCGGAUCUCACUUCAAGGAGGUGCGGAUGCCCAUCACCGUCAAGUACGUGGACCCCACCUACAUGGUCCGGGCCGUACCGGCAAACGCGAACGACAGCAUCUACUGCGCUGCUCUGGCGCAGGCGGCGGUGCACGGCGCUAUGGCGGGGUACACCGGCGUGACCGUGGGCAAGGUGGACUCGAGCCUAGUGUACCUGCCCAUCAAGAUGCUCACCAGUCUUCCCAGCCGCACCGUCGACGUCAAGGGGGGAGUGUUCGAGCGGCUCAUCGCAACGACGGGCCAGCCCCACUUCGGGGAGCUGGGCCAGACCAAAGCGAAGCCGAUGGACCCCUCGAAGGACCUGACGGGGACCAGGACUCAGGGGCAACAGUGGGGGAUAGGCAUAGGGGAAUGCAUCGACCCCCAAUCGCCCAUUGAUCGCCGACACGGGUCUGAUAGCCCCACCCCGCAAAGGAACGUGCGGACUCACUAUCGGGGGCCCAUCGCCGAUCUGUCGGCGAUGUAUCGCCGAUUCCAGGGCGAUGUUUCCUCUCCUAUGUCAGUCCCCCCUGUCGUUGCCCCUCGAGGACGAGAAGCAUUAACAUCAGAGGCUCAGAGGAGGAAAAGGUACCGAUCCCGCUACCUGCGCCCGUUUUCCUCGUUUUGGGGCCUCCUGGGAUGCCCUCGUCACCACCGCUGGAUUCGCCUCGAAAUCCUUGUCAGAACGCGCCCUGGGAGAUGUCCAGGAAGUAGCGGUAUUGGAACCUUUUGGUCUCCUCAAGAGGCACUCCCUCCGGGAAGUUUACAGAUGCCAUUCGCGUGCCAGAUACAACUCUCGCCGUCGUCGAUGGCUACGGGAAUUUGGUAG